GGGAGUGGGUCUGGGGAUGAUUCUCCCCCAGGAAGGGCCCCCUGCGCCGGGCCGGGGGUGGAGGAGAGGCCCCCGGUUCCUGAGCGCCGCGAAGGCCUCUUAAAGGGGCCGCGUUCCAAUUCCUCCCUCACCUUUGCCCGGUGCGCCUGCCUCCGCCCCAGCCCCCAGCGUGCGCGUCACCCGGGGAGCCCCACCCGGCACCGGGGCCUGCUUUCGUGGCCCCCGCGCCCGCUCGCCCGCCCUGGGCCCCGGGGGCCCGUGCUUUCCCGUCGGGCCCCCCCGCGGCCGGGGCACCAUUUUAAAGUUCAUGUGCUCUGACGAGGAGGGGCUCCCAUGUUGGGGUGGGCGGCCUGGCCAGACCUGGAGGCGGCCGGGGGCGCAGCCGGGGGCUGGGGGCGGGAAACCGGGUCCUCUCGGAUCCGCGCCACACUGCUGAAAUCCCCCGCCACGUGCAUCCUGUGGCCGCUGUCCUUGUGGAAUUUGUGCCCUCGGCUGGAGUGGUGUGGAAUCGCGGAAAGCACAGGAAAUAGACAGACGGUUGGAAAAAAAACUGAAGAUCACACAAAAGGAGAGGACACGUCGCCUGGAUGUGCACAUCCACCGGCCUUGGACAAGGCUUCUGGUGUGAGCGUUGCCAAGCGCUGUUUCGAGGACAGUCUGUCGCCAGCCCCGCCGUGUGCCGCAGGCCAGAGCGCCUGCAGGAAAUCCAAAUCUCCUCCCAAAGUGCCCAUUGUGAUUCAAGACGAUAGCCUUCCCACGGGGCCCCCUCCACAGAUCCGCAUCCUCAAGAGGCCCACCAGCAACGGUGUGGUCAGCAGCCCCAACUCCACCAGCAGGCCAGCCCUUCCGGUCAAGUCGCUCGCACAGCGGGAGGCAGAGUACGCCGAGGCCCGGAAGCGGAUCCUGGGCAGUGCCAGCCCCGAGGAGGAGCAGGAGAAGCCCAUCCUCGACAGGCCGACCAGGAUCUCCCAGCCUGAAGACAGCAGACAGCCCAAUAAUGUGAUCAGGCAGCCUCUGGGUCCUGAUGGGUCACAAGGCUUCAAACAGCGCAGAUAAAUGCAGGCGAGAAAGGAUGCUGCCGCUGCCACCGUCUUCGCCUCCUGGGUUGUCCGCCACGGGUCGCACUGCCGUGGCAGACAGCUGGACUUGAGCAGAGGGAACGACCUGACUUACUUGCACUGUGAUCCCCCUUGCUCCGCCCACUGUGACCUUGAACCCCAUGCACUGUGACCUCUCCCCUUCCCCCCUUCCCACUGUGAUUGGCACGUCGACAAGGGCUGUCUCAAGUCAAUGGAAAGGGAAAGAGGGUGGGGAUCUGGGGAGGGUCGGGGGGACCCACCAAGCACUCAGAGCAGAGAGUCAGACAGUGCCACUUGGCCACUUGGGGUAAAGCCAGUGCCAGCAAUAACAGUUUAUCAUGCUCAUUAAUUUGGGAUUUCAAAACACAAGUGAGAACUCCCGCUUACCCACCCCCAAGUGCAUGUCUUCAUCACUUAAAAAGUAAGUUCCAUUUGAAGAUAUCCUUUCUUUUUUUUUCUUCCUAUUUUUGUUUGUUUAAUACAAAUAUCUGAUUUGCAAGAAAAGUGCAUGGGAGGGGUUUUAGUGGUUUAAUGAAUUUUUAAUUGAGAAAGGGUAGUUUGGUAGUCUACUUAAAAAUGUUUCUGGGAAAUUCUCUGGAAACAUUAACCAAUAGGAUUUUGGUGAGCUUAGCUUCUGUAUUCCUACUGCCACCCAGAGAAGGGGCAGGGCUCUGCAGCCCUCAGGACAGGCGAGCACCCCAUGCCUUUACCUCCCUCCCCAGCCAAGGCCCUGCCUGGAGACUGGCUAGCUCCACAGGCUCGGAGAGCGCUAGAGGCAGGGGCCGCGAGUGGACCCGGCCGUGCUCCCUGGGGAGGGUGCGAGCCCCUCCUCUAGUGCGCUAGAGGCAGGGGACGCGAGUGGACUCGGCCGUGCUCCCUGGGGGCUCCCGCCAGCUACUCCUGGACGAGAGCAGGGAGCGUGUGGGAGCAGACACCUCCUGGUAGAAGCCAGGGAUGUGGCCUUGUUGAGUGUUUUGCUGUCAGCACAGACCACAGUUUGCCUCUGGGGCUCCUGGCGUGGGUAGGAGGUAGGUAGAUCUUCCCACCCAAGCAGGGCUCAAACCCUAGGGGCUCGUGGCGUUCUCUCUCGUGAAGCCGGUACCCGGGAGCAGCUGAUUCGGAACAGCAGGGAAAGGAAAUCUUUGCGUUGUGUUGCGGAAGUUGGCAGCAGACGAAUUCUCCAGAGGCCUCGGCUGCCCCGCAUGCCUUCUUCCCAUGUCGAGGACCUGGAGUGAAGGCAAUUUCUCUGUCCCUGGAGCCUAGGAACAUUUUUUUCGGCUCCUUGAGGUGGGAGAGGCUAGGAGGCCUGCUGUCCGGACAGCUCCGUGCGUGCAGCCUGACCCCUCUCAGGCUCCUGGUCGCUUGCGUUGCACUGCGCCUUAUCCCUCAGCCAGCCUGCCAGCCUCCCAACUCCCAAACAACAGAUGGGUUUUGGAUCAGUUGGUGCAGUUUUGGGCAGUUCCUGGUAGCCAAGGUGGCAAGCUGGGAUUGGUGGGCUUCGCCCCCCUUGGGCUCACCUGGCUCUAGGAAUACCAGGCUGGGCCCACGGAGCCGCGUCCCACGACACCUUCCCCUCGGGAGGAAGGGCCAGCUGCCAGUUGUCAGCAGCCAGUCCCUAGCACAGGAAGGUAUGUAGCUCGGGCUUACCCGUGAAUGGAGCUGGAACAAGGCUUCAGUCAGGAAGACGGGCGGCUACCUCCAGGAGUGGGCGAGAGGAAAGUUGGCUGCUAAUCUUUAUACAGUCCCACUGCCCUGACCGAGUGUCCACGGUCCGAAUGUCUUGUGUCUAGCCCUCAAGUGGUAGUGGGUUUUGGCCCAAGGUGAGGCUGCCCUUUGAGUGAGAGAAGGGUGCAGCGGGGAGUCCAUGUGGGAAGGCCGGGAGUGCCAACUGCUCAGCCCUGGGGAACACCUGUUCUUGGCCCCUCUCCCCCGUGGGAGCCACGGCAAGGCUGGCAGCAGGUGUCUUCAGGUUGAGGACGUGGCAGGGACUGGGGGACUGGUGUUCCCACCUCCCUCCGGCCAAAGAUGGGGCUCUGCCCGCUGGGUGCUGGCACCACCCCCAGCAGUCACACCCGCUCCCCAGGAGGAGAGGUGGCAGACAAAAUGUUAACGAAAGCAAACAAGGAACUGUGUUGUGUUGGGGGGAGGAGGGAGGGCAGAUGGGAAAACGGUUUGGAUCUUGCGUGGUUUUGUUUUGUUUUGGUAGAGUUGUCCGUGACUUUCCUCAAGUGCUUUUUUCCCUUUUCCUUUUUUUUUUUUUUUUAAAGUAAGUUGCAGGCUUUGGCUUGGAAAUCCCUGGGGGGGUGAGGGGCAGAAACCUGAGGCUGCUGCCCCUUUAUCUGCCUUCUUGGUACUGUCCCUCCCCCACCCCAGCUCCCCCCGGACCCCAUGAGCCAGGCCUCAGACCUUCCAGCUACCCGCUUCCCAUGAGCCACUACUCUGAUGUCAGCCUAUAACCAAAGGAGCUGGGGGGCCGGGCCUGGUGACCAACCCUUCUCAGCCCACUCAAUGAGGGUGCUCCCCACCUGCAGGCAGGAGGCAACACCCUAUCUGCUACCAUCAGCCCCUUCCAGAGCCCACCUGCCUCACCCAGCCCUGCCCUGCCCAGCCAUACCCUGCUCUGCCCCAUCUGGGGGUGCUCUGCUCAGGGAGGGGCCGGCAGGGCUGCACCCAGCUUCCCUGGUAAGCAGAGACUCAAGAAACCUCCGGGGUCCUGUUUUCUGGUCGUGUGAUCCCAGGGGAGCGCACGGGCCCCUUGGGUGUCUGAACAGAAGGGAAUGGGAGGGAGGGCCGCACCCACGCAGUCUUUGCUGCUGGUGAUGCGGGCAGCUGCCUACCCCCACCCCACCCCGCACCGCGGGCUCCUGAGUCGGCAGAUUAAGCAUUUUAUAAAUUGUAUUUUAAAUACAUGUUUUAAACUUGUCA